ACACACACACAAAAGCGAUAUGGAUGCUUUAACAAGCAUUAAAACUAAUAAAAUAUUAUUUUAUGAUAAUGUGAUAUUGUCCAUGGCAGCAUUUUUAUUAUUGAGCAUGUCACCCAAUAGGGUUCUCAGUUCUAUGGUGGAAAUGAAGAUAGUAGAUGAGCCAUCAACAUAUGGGUAUGCUGGUAUGGGUAGUUUUUACCAGCCACAAGACCAAUCUCUUAAGUUGCGAGUGAAACCAGCCAAUUUUUCCGGCCCACCUCAUUUGAAGAGACUGUUUGGAAAAUGUUUUACAAAAACAGAUGAAACAUACAAGUACAAGUUCUGUCCAUUCUACAAUGUUUCUCAACAUGAGCAAGGUCUACGAUGGAACCCAUAUAAUGGUGUUCUUGGCGUUUGGCAAGAAUGGGAGAUUAGCAAUAACACAUUCACUGCCAUGUUGCUGAGAGAGGGAGAUUCGUGUGGCGAGAAAUUUAGAUCUGUGAGGGUUGUUUUUGUCUGUGGUAAUAAGAGUGAAGUAACUAAUGUCACUGAAUCACGAACCUGUGAGUACGAACUGACGUUUAGAACACAACUAGUGUGUCAUCGGUUUGCCAUGUUGGUGUAUCCAGUUUUAACAGCAGAUCUACAGGACAGGUGGAAUGAACUGGAAGGACAGCUAGACAGGAAGGAAAUUACACAAAAGGGUUACAAGAAAAGACUGAACAAAGUUUUUGAAGAUGCAGGACUCCAAUUGUCAGCAGAUGUGAGACAACACCUGUUACAUGAAGCCAAUGAAAAAGCUAUACAGGAAGAGAAGCAAGCAAAGGGAGAUCUUGAAACUCUGGACCAGUGUAAACAGGAAUUGACAAACCUCAGAACAGAAAUGGCAGGACUUAGAACGUUAUUAGAACUGCAUGGUAUUACAGACAGCCAAAAUGGCAUAGAAAAAACAAGUAAAGAUGGAAACUCAACUGUCAAGACUAACCUUAACGAAUCCAACAAUGCUGAAACGGUCAAUAGUACACGUUCUACACAACUUAAUACAGGCAGACUCCAGAGUGAUUAACCAUUUCUUGCCUAUUCAUCAUUCUGUUCAUAGUGUACAUAAUGAGAAUAAAUUAUUUUAUAUA